AUGGCUUUCCAGAGCUUUACCGAUUUUUCUACCAAUUCUUCGAAUCCUUAUUAUCUUCAUCCAAAUGAAAAUCCAUCCCUUGUUCUGGUUACACCUCUUCUUGAUGAUAAAAAUUACCACACAUGGGCAAGAUCUAUGCACAUUGCAUUGAUCUCAAAGAAUAAAGAACGCUUCAUUGAUGGUACUUUACCAAAACCUCCAAUUUCUGAUGUUCUUUAUGCUCCAUGGGUACGUUGCAACACGAUGGUGUUAGCGUGGCUUCAUCGUUCUAUUUCCGAAUCCAUUGCAAAGUCUGUUCUUUGGCUGGAUAGCGCAGUUGGUGUUUGGAGAAAUUUACAGAUUCGUUUCUCCCAAGGUAAAGGUAAAUCUUCAUCUUCCACUCCUCAUUCACAAUCUGUUGCUUCUGUUGACACAGGUAAGGAAACACCACAGCAAAGUUCAUCACAAUCCUUGAUUGGUCUUACUGAAGAGCAGUAUCACAACAUUCUGGCAUUACUUCAACAGACCAAGCCGCCUUCUCAAGCCUCCACUCAAGCCAAUUCCAUCACUACUUCUCCUUUUGUCCUGAAUUCUCACUCUCAUAAUGAACCUGGUAAGAACCCUCACUUGUGGAUUCUGGACACAGGUGCCACUGACCAUAUAGCCUUUUAUUUAAAUAACUUCCUUUCUUACAAAACCAUUAUCCCUAUUCAUGUUAGCUUGCUAAACGGUUCCCAUGUCACAGCUUCAAUUUCUGGUAAUAUAGCCAUAUCUCCUACCCUAACUCUUCAUAAUGUCCUGCAUAUUCCUAACUUUCAUGUAAAUUUACUCUUAAUUGCUAAACUUGUCCACCAAAAUAACUGUCAUGUUCAAUUCACUAAUGAUUCUUGCAAAAUCUUGCAGAAUCAUUCACUGGUGAUGAUUGGUACAGCUAAACUCCAAAGAGGACUCUAUGUACUUGAUUCAUCACCUCACCCUCAUGCUUGUCAUUCUUCUGCUCAAAACUCUACUCAAAACAAUGCUAACCUUUGGCAUCUCAGAUUAGGUCAUAUUUCUCAUAUUGGUUUGCAAAAUAUAUCAAAGUUGUUUCCCUUUAUUCCUUCUACUUGUAAUAAUGGUUCACCCUGUGAUCCAUGUCAUUUUAGUAAACAAAAGAGGCUCUCUUUUCCUCAUAGUAAUACUAAGUCUCUUGCUCCCUUUGCCAUAUUACAUGCUGAUGUGUGGGGUCCCUUUUCCACUGUUUCCAUGCUAGGCCAUAGAUACUUUUUAACACUUGUAGAUGAUUUUAGUAGAUAUACAUGGAUUGUCUUUCUCAAAACUAAAAACCAAACUAAAGACAGUAUUAUUCAGUUUAUGACAUACAUUGAAACUCAAUUCCAUACUACCUUAAAGUGUCUUAGAAAUGGUAGUGCUGUUUUUUUAAAUGGGUUUGAAAUUAUUCUACGCCAGCUACAAAAGUUGACACCUAAACUACAUCAUUCUCCAUCCAAAUUUACUUCCCCUCAAACCUCUUUUCCUCUUUAUAAUGAUGACCCUGCAGUGUCACAUCAAUCUCCCUCUUCUACUGAUUUGUCAACUUAUCCUGACAACACUAUCUCUUCCUCUGGCUCGCAACAGCAUAACUCUAGUCUAGGACUUGACAAUCCCAAUAUAAACUCACCUCAUCAACCCAGUUUUUCUGAACAGGACCAUGGUACUUCUGCCUUUGUACCUCUUUCUACUCUAGACAAUACUGCUUCCCUUGUCCCUUCCACAUCAAAUCCUUCUUCUGAUUUUGAUCAUUCCAACCCCUCUACUACCAGUCCUUUUGAUCAGUCCAUUGGUCCUACUGACAAUUCCCAUGUUACCUCUGUUCCUACUACCAGGCACUCUAAUCGUGUGUCUAAUCCUCCUACAUACUUAGCAGACUAUCACUCCUUUCAUACCAAACAUACUCAUCCUUAUCCCAAACCUAAUUCUCAACAAGUUCCCUAUCCUCUUGAAUCUGUUCUUUCAUAUGAAAAGUGCUCUCCCUAUUUCAAACAUUUUUGUUGUUCAAUAUCCUCCCAAUCAGAACCCAAGACCUAUAAACAAGCCAUUCAACAUGAAUGUUAG